UUUCACGCAGCGCUCUAGCCAGUCACAUUGAAAGUUGGACCACGAGCGUGGCCAGUAGUGUAGCAAUGGCAGAUGAAGCCAUAUUGCAUAUUAACCCCUCGGAAGACGAGGGCCUAAUGGGUCAACUGGAUGACGAGUUGUCAUUUCUCACGCAGCUACCAAUAGCGGAGACUGCAUGUUCAUCUUUAAGCAAACCAACGCCACCGGCGCCAGCAGCUAAAGCCAAGAAGCGAACUGCUAAGCGUAAGAAUAUAGAUCAAGCAAAUUCAUGUACGCUGAACGAGCCGCCUAGUGCCGCGAAGAAAACUAGCAGCGACGAUUCGGACUUGCACAAAGCAGUUUCUAGCUUGCAGCAAACAGUUGCUACUUUGACAAAUGCGUUUUUGCACCGCAGCGAUUCCGGUUCUAGCCAUUACGCUAACCGCUUUCCAACUGAGGAAAUAUUAAGCGAGGGUGAAAUCCCUGAUGAUAAUUUGGUGGCAUUAAACCUUGCACCGGAAACGGGCAAUGACAACGCAAUUGUUGGCAAUAGUUAUGUACAUGUACCUGAAAAGGGCAUAGACACUUUCACUGAAGGUGAUUUAGAUAACCUGUUGUGCGAUACUGGCAACCAGGAUGACUUGCUGACCGAAAUGGCGGCCUUAAUUGAGGGUGACGAAAAAGAAAGUUCAGCCCUAAAUGACCAAUUGGCUAAAACAGUAAAUGCACUUGCUCAAGGCAAGAUAAAGCCAGAAAAACUAGAAGAAAAAUUGGGCAAAUACAACAAACCAAGCAACUGCGGUAAUCUUUGCCUAACUAGAGUGAACCCUGAGAUAUGGUCAAUCCUAAAACCCACAACACGUGCAAGGGAUGUUAAAUUCCAAAAGGUGCAAAGCUCUUUUGUACGGGCAUCAAUAGCCAUCGCAAUGGCCACUGAUCAAAUGCUAAAAGCCAGAAAUAACAAUGAGACUAUUGAUACAGCUCAGCUUAUUAGAAUGCUGGUUGACGCAAUUGCCAUACUUGGCUCGGGCAACGCCCAACUCAACUUGCGCAGAAGAGACAGUAUCCGACCUGAUCUCAACCAAAAAUAUGCGGCCUUGUGCUCAUCGCAAGUCCCGUGCACUAGUCUCCUUUUCGGGGAUGACUUAGUUCAGUCAUGCAAAACUAUAGUGGAGACAAACAAAAUAAGUUCACAGAUGUUUGUAAAUGACCCCAAACGUCGUAAUACUAGACAGUUUUCAGGCCGUGGAUCAUCCCACCGUGCGGGGGACUUUCGCUCACGGGGUUUCCCGAAACAGCAUUACGGCAGCCACCAGAGGGCACCUUAUUACCCGAGAGGCCGAGGCUACUAUCGUCGAGCACAGAGUCAGGGCCAGGGUUAUUACCGUUCCGGCGGCAGCAGCGGUCAUGGCAGUGGCAAUUACCACCAAACCCCAAGCCAAUCCACCAGCACCGGGGCCUCGACAGCCAAGAAAACGGUGACCUAGCGGCACCAUUACAGUUGGUAAGGUAUUGCAGAAAAUCGAGGUAGACGGAGCCAUGGGAAUACUUAUAUUCCCAUUAUGGCCAACCCAACAUUGGUUUCCCAGAAUGCUGCGCCUGUUGAUAGCUACGCCAGUAACACUACCAAAGACAUACGGGUUGUUGAGACUACCACACGAUCCACACAGUCGCCAUCCACUAGAGGGCCGAAUGACAAUGUGUGCUUCACUCUUAUCCAGCAGUCGCUCCGAUCAAGAGGAUUUUCGAAGGAAACUAUUGACAUUAUCCUCCAAUCAUGGAGACCGAGUACCAAGAAGCAAUAUGCAUCAUCCAUCGAAAAAUGGCUACGUUUCUGCACUAAACGGGCUGUCGAUCCAGUUCAUGCGACUGUAACCGUGGCAAUGGAGUUUCUCACCAAGUUAGUUCACUCUGGGGCAAAAUACAGCACUGUUAAUACAGCACGGUGUGCAUUGUCAUCACUGCUUUGGUCAACGUCUGACAAUAAAACAAAGUUUGGUAGCCAUCCUUUGGUUAUUCGUUUUAUGCGAGGACUAUUUAAUUUAAAACCUCAGUACCCUCGUUAUUCACAUACAUGGGAUGUUGGUAUUUUACUUCGAUAUGUUAGUAAGAUGGAACCAUUACAGUCUAUUGCAUUGAAACAAUUGACUUACAAACUGAUUUGCUUAUGUGCACUUACCACUGCACAGCGGGCUCAGACAUUGAGCCUAUUCGACAUAU